ACAUUCUGCAGUCUUUGAUGCUAAAAUGACAUCACAGCAUUUAAACAUGUUUUGAAUGAAAACAUCAGCAUAUGAACACAAAACUGAAGAGACACUGCAAGCGUAUGAAAGCAGACGACUAUUUAGUGACAUUUCUACGUUUCCCUGAGGAUUAACUGCUCUGUAAUUUACCAAGAACUAAAUCAAAAUGAGUGGAAGAGGAGAUGAAUCACAAAAUAACCGUAAUGGCCGACAGGUUAACCCAGAAAUCUUUCCAAGUGGAGAUCAGGAACCAGCUUAUGAACCAGCUACUGAACCUAUUGGUGGACUCCGGGGCUUCCUGAACAAUCUUUAUCUUGGUCUCUAUAAUAUUUUUUGGAGGAUGGAUGAGCUAAUAGAUGAAUUAGAGGAACGAUAUGAUGACAUUCACAAUAUUAUUGUGAGGGACAAUAAUGCCAAUGCUGACAACAAUGAACAGCACGAUGAUCACAAUGCUGCUGUUGUUGUUGGCAUUGAAAAUGAUGAUUCUGAUGAGGCAUUUGAAGAGUGUGUGGAUGUUCACCAGUACAUCCCAGAAGAGGACCCUCAGCCAGGUGUAUCCAGGAGGAGGUGUAGAGAGAUGGAUGAAGAAGAUGUGGAAUCAAACAAAAGAAUCAGAUGGAGCGAGGAGUUUUCUGAUGAUGACUCUGACUUCUUCUCUGCUUGUGACACUGAUAGCGAGGGCUGUCCUCAUGUUGGUAAUAUUGCUGAUGAGGACAGCCCUCAGCAGGUAACAGAAGAAGAACUGCUGCCUGGUGGAUCCACGAAAAGGUCCAGAGAGGAAGAUGUAGAUGAAGAAGAGCGUAAUAGCAAAAAAUCCAGGCUUGCAAACUCUGAUUCGGGGACUAGCUCAGCUGUGUAUGAUCACUCUGAGAGCAGGAGUGAUGAACUUUUUGAAGAUGCACUUGAAGAGCUUGACAACCAUGAAACUGGAGGCUCGAGGAAGCGGUCCCGAGAGGAUUUUGAGGAAGAAGAGGAAUUCUGGCGUGUUUGCAAAUUUCAGAGGUGUUCAAAUGAGUCCACCAGCACCAGUGAUGACGACUAACACUAUUUCGACAGGUUUUUUCAGUAUCCUUUUCGUAGGCUGAUGGCCUACUCAGGUGACCCUGAAUCCUCCCUUGGUUAUGCUGCAAUAAGCUGGACAUACACUGUGCGAUGUUUCAGUCGCGUUAUUCAGCUCCUGCUCAAACUGCACGAUUGAAGUUUGUAGGUACGAUGCAGAGUCUCACACUAUACGGCCCGAUGCUCUGUGUGACCUGAGUGCUCACACUGUGCGUCCAUAGCAUGAAGAUUAUAACACAAAAUUUUACACUCUUUUCAUGGUUGUUGCGGUCGUGAUAAUUUCGUGAAGCCACAUCGAAGAGGCUCGGAUGAGCUUGCCAAAGUCCUACAAGUUGUGCCUCCAUUGCUUCCAGAUCACACGCUGCACUGCCGUGCUGCUCCGUCUUUUCACUUUCAUUUGUGUUUGCGCGUGCGCAGUGUGAGACGCUGCGUUGACACCCUCAAGACGGUCGACAGGAUUUCAAACAGGUUUGAUUUUCUUACGACCAAACGAUUGAUGAUCGGGAGCUGGUCGUGAGGUGUUAAUCGCUUCUCGUUAUCCCAUGUAUACGAUGCACCGCACACGAUUAAGCCCAAACUCGGGCUGAUCCCCAAAACGGUCGCACGACUGAAAAAUCGGCUCAAAAUGGGCCAAAAAUCGCACAGUGUAUGCCCAGCAUUAGGCUGCCGGGGGAUUCCCAUCAUGCACUGGGUGUUUCUUCUUCACCCACUAUGUGUUAACAGACCUCUCUGCUGAAUUGUACUUGUUAUUAUUCAUGUCUGUCUCUCUUCCACAGCAUGUCUUUAUCCCGUUUUCCUUCUCUCACCCCAACC